UGCAUAGCACGUAGCGAAUCGAGCGAAGCUAGCCUAGCGAAUCUAGCGGUUAGCGAAAGCUAGCGGUCCCUGUGCAACGCAGUGUAGCCGGAAGUCAGAGUUUCAAGAUGGCAGACAUGAGGCGAGAUUUGAGUGCUUUCCGUGUUUCGGAAGCUAGACCCCGAGGUGCUGAGAGAUGUUUCAAAGGCUUAGCCAAACUGGCGCAACUAAAUAUCGAGCUUGCGCCCUCCACAAAUGAGAAAAGGGAAAACUCGAACUCCCAUGUGGUCGAUUUCGUGGAAGUCACCAUCCCACGAUACUCGACGUAUCAGUUCAAGUCACAUUUUCGAAUGUUCCCGGAGGCCUUUGAUGUUCUCCAGGCUUGGAUUGAACCUCAUUUACCGCAAGAACGAGGUUUCAGUAACAGAACAAAACUUCUUGCCACCUUGUGGUUACUGGCAAACAAGGAGACAUUUCGCAGUGUGGCAGAUCGGUUUGCCAUGAACAAGGGCUCCCUUCACAGAUGUGUGAUGAUGAUCUGCAGGACACUCGUGGCCAAUCAAGGCGAGGUCAUCCAAUGGCCAGAAAGGGAUGCCCUUGAAAAGCUGGCUGAAAAAUGGCAGCAGAAAGCUGGUAUGCCGGGAGUUGUAGGUGCUCUUGAUGGCACCUAUAUCCCCAUUCUUGGAACUUCAGGGCCAAGACGGGAAAGCUAUAUAUGCAGAAAGGGCUUUCCGGCUAUGCAUCUUCAGGUUGUCUGUGACAGCAGCCUAAAAUUUUUAUAUGUUCAGACUGGUAAUGUAGGGUCAGUUCACGACAGCCUGUGCCUUCAGGACAUGCGAUCUGUACCACCAUUUAGAAUCACCAGAAGGACGACUGCCACAUCAGUUUCACCUUCUUGGUGAUUCUGCAUACCCCUUAAGGGAAUUUUUGAUGGUACCAUUUCGAGACAAUGGACAUCUCAGCCCUUUAGAAAUUUUAUAUAAUAAAGUACAUUCUUCCACAUGUGUUGAAGUGGAGCGUUCGAUUGGGUUGUUAAAAGGAAA